AUGAAUCUGGCCUUCUCUUCGUCCUACAUCGUCCCGCCGUCUUUAUCCAUGCAGCAUGCCCCCCUUCUCUCUUUACCAGCAGAACUCAUCGAGGAAACUGCGCUCUAUGUUGCUUGUUCGACGUUGGCAGGCCGUCCGAAUUCUAUUCGUUCAUUUUCGUCGAUUUUCAAGAGGAAAUUUAGUCACAGCGCCGUAGCUAGACGAUCGUUCGAGCCCACGUCGAAAGAAUAUCGCCAGCUGCUUCAACUGUACGACGACAGUCUGCAGUUUAUCGAGGAGCGACGGGGCCCUCGAUGGAAGGAACCUGUGGAUGCUGAUCAUAUGUCGACAGAAGAGGUCCUCUGGGUGCUGACGUUCAUGUGUUUGGAUGACGACGGUGCCAACACCCUCCAGCUGAACACCGUCGUGAUAAUGGUGGAUGGCCGCUCGACAACUGCAGGAAUUCUUUGGCAUUAUGGGUGUUUCUGGUCCCUGUCGACUAAAGAGCGAAUCCUAUCUGAACCAGAAGAUGUUUCUGACAGAAUUGUCAACUUGAUCCUUCCCUUCGUUACCAUCCCCUUCCGGUACCCCAUGGCCUUUGCACCCUCCCAAUCACUUUACCCUCCCACUGGUUUUCCCAGUCUGGCCGACUUCUCCAAUGCAAAUACCAGUGCCCGUAUACCCUUCCGUACACGCCAAACCCACCUUCUCUCCGUUCUUACUCCCCAUGGCCCCUUCCCCAUCUACCGUUCUACGGACCCGAUUUGGCUCCAGGUGUACUUUACCAGGCGCAUAGAAGUAACGUGGCCCCUCAUCACUGCAGCGGCGAAGUUGCUACUUUGCGAGGAGGGAGAGAGGGGAAUGACAGGCGCCACGCAGGCCGAUAUCAUCGAGAUCAAUCGGAAUCGAUUGGGUGGGUCCCAACGCGUCACGAAUGUCGGUCCUGAUGGCAUUGAUGAACGGUCGCAAGCCAGCAGGCUGUACGAUGCAGACUGGUACCGGCUGCGGUUAUGUGGGAACGUCUGGGCUAACAGCCAUGGUGAUGACGAUGAAAUCUGGAGACGCGUUAAACUGGGCAAGAAAAUGCUGGUCCGACAGGGAAAUGGGGACUCGAAGGUUAAAGUUUCGACGCGGGGACGUGUAUACUCUCGGCUCGUUAACGGGAUUGUGGGCUUGGACAUUCCAAACGAACAAGCUCUUGCUCAACUUCUGAUGGUCCAGAACCCGAAUCCCCAGCAGCACAACGGUCAUCCUGUACCUCUACCCGCAGGUUUCGACGAAAUGCUACUGUCGCUCACGAAUCGGCCCCAUAUAUAUGAGAUUACAAGACCGCUGUCCUUUUAUGAAGAUGCCGAGGGAGAUGAAGAGGAAGAAGAGGAAGAAGACAUGGACGAUUCGCCCGUUCCCGAGAUCACCGACCAGCGGCUACUCGAAGAGUUCGACCAGGGCCUACAGAAUGCCUAUUUCCCUGAUGGCGUCACGGAGGAAUCCUUCAAGGGAACGUACGAUGGCACUGGCAUGCGUAUGAUUUGCGGUGGGAAGGAGGAGAAGCAGGCGAUGCCUGCGUGGUCGGAGGAGGAGCACCCGGCGGAUAUGGUCCCUCUGCCUCCUUGUACGGGCGUGCAGGACGUGAUUGUGACGGGCUCGACGGAUGAUAGACACGGGCAAGCGUGGAACCACUAUGUGUACUACGGUCGCGUGCGACGAUGGGAUGGGAUGAUUGGGAUUCUGAGGGUCCCGCGAGAUAGAGGGCUGGGCAAGUGGUUCUUCUAUGGAUAUAUUGUGGGUGGGAAGAACUUUGUGGGGAACUGGAGGAUUACGCAUGAGGAUCCGGGAUGCCGACGGUUGAAGGAGCGUUUUGUUUAUCGAAGGUGA